UGACAUUCUGGGCUGCACUAGAGCACUCGGCAGCCUCGUUCCCCUCUUUGCCGGGCGGCGGAAAAGUCUUCCGCCUGUCAAACCACCCCCCCGCCAGCGUUGGCAUUCCCUAUCUGCAGCAGCAUCAAUGGCUCUUGCGCUUGGCAGGCUGCAGGGCGCCGGGCUGUCACGGUUGUUGCCGUCGGUGGCAGCUGGGCUGGAGACCUGCGGCGCCCGCAGGGCCACGGAUGGCGCAGAGCUGCACCAGCGGCGCACCAAGAUGUCGCACUCGGAGGCCACCAACUUCUACAUCAAUGAGGCCCUGGAGCACCUGGAGUACCCCAAGCGCCUGCGCAAGCUGCUGCUCACCCCGGAGCGGGAGGUGGCGGUGGAGCUGGCGCUGCUGCGGGACAAUGGCGAGGUGGCCACCUUCAACGCCUACCGCGUGCAGCACGACAACAGCCGCGGGCCCUACAAGGGCGGCCUGCGGUUCCAUCCUGACGUUGAUCUGGACGACGUGCGCAGCCUGGCCUCCCUCAUGACCUGGAAGACGGCGGUGAUGGACAUCCCCUUUGGCGGCGCCAAGGGCGGCGUGUGUGUGGACCCUCGUGACCUCAGCGAGCGGGAGCUGGAGAUCCUGACCCGCAAGCUGGUGCAGGCGCUGCGGCCCAUCCUGGGCACUUAUGAGGACAUCCCCGCCCCCGACAUGAACACGGGGGCCCGCGAGAUGGCCUGGAUCUUUGACGAGUACACCAAGUUCGCCGGCUUCUCCCCGGGCAUCGUCACCGGCAAGCCCGUGUGGCUGCACGGCUCGCUGGGCCGCGAGGCGGCCACCGGGCGCGGCACCGUCUUUGCCAUCCGGGAGCUGUUCAAGGCUCAGGGGCUGGGAGAGAUCAAGAACAAGAGCUUUGUGAUCCAGGGCUUUGGCAACGUGGGCUCCUGGGCGGCCCAGAUCCUUUACGAGAUGGGCGGCCGUGUGGUGGCGGUGGCCGACGCCUUUGGCGCUGUGGCCAACGAGCACGGCCUGGAGGUGCCCGAGCUGCGGCGCCACCUGGCGGACAGGCACAGCCUGGCCUCCUUCUCCGGCGGCGUGGUGCUGCCCAAGGAAGCCAUCCUCACCGUGCCCUGCGACGUCCUCAUCCCCGCCGCCAUCGGAGGCGUCAUCACAGAGGAGAAUGCGGCAGACCUGCAGUGCAAGAUCGUGGUGGAGGCGGCCAACGGCCCCACCACGCCCGAGGCGGACCAGAUCCUGCGCCAGCGGGGCGUGACCGUGCUGCCCGACAUCUACACCAACGGCGGCGGCGUCACCGUGUCCUUCUUCGAGUGGGUGCAGAACCUGCAGAACUUCAAGUGGAGCGAGGAGGAGGUGAACAGCAAGCUGGACAGAGUCAUGGUGGAGGCGUUCCAGGGCAUCUGGGAGCUGCACACCGAGGACAAGAUCCCGCUGCGGGUGGCGGCAUUUGUCAAGGCGCUGCAGAGGGUGACGCGCGCCCGUGUGCACCGCGGCUUUGACUGAGGCCGCGGGCCCGUGCUAGCCAGGCAGGCCGCCGCCGCCGCCGCCCGCUUGGUUCCAGCCGCUGCCGCUGGGAGUGGCUGCCAGUGCUGGGCUCCUGGCGGCGGCCAGCAGUACCAAACUUAGUCAGGCCACACCCUGCUUUUGUUUCGCUAGCUCUCGUGCUUGCUCGCCUCCUCGAUUCCCACCUCCCUCUAUUCACCUCUCUCGCAACUGAAAUGUGCUCUGAUGCUGGCGCGCCCCGUUGUUCGCUGCUCUGCACUGCUUCUCACUCCCCAGGCUAUCCCGUAUUUUUUUCCAAUCCAUUUGGACGGUCGGCAGGCUGCCGUGGAACAACCAUCGUAAGGAAAGCAGCAUGCGAGGAGCACUGCUUGACCGAAUCACAGCGUGCCGUUGAGCCAGGCCAGGCGGUUGUCGCCCGCGGUGCCGCUCGGCUCAAAGCCUUGAGGCCCAUCCCCAAACAGGUGGCACCUCUUGUGGGCCUCCUCUACCGGCGCCAGCGUAUCGGCGCUGCCCAGCUUGGGCACCGCCCCUAGGAACAGCACCGGCCAGUCGGCAAACGCUGCCGCCGCCUCCACCACCGCCUCUGCGUCAGGCACCUCGACCUCGGGCUGCGGCGCGG